CAGAGGAAAAAGACAAUUAAAUAGGAAAAUAAGCUCCACGCCGCCGCUAGGAAUGUAAUGUGUGACAACUGACAUGUCGCAGACAUAUGUAAUUCUAAAUUGUACAUUUUUCUGUGCUCUUUCUUUGGUAAUUAUUCAAGAAAUCCUGAAGAUAAGAAGAUAAUUAGAGAAGAUGUUAUCAGACACAAGUUUAGGCGAUGGCACACGCUUGUUAGAGGCGGCUGGUGAUGAUCAUGGAGAAAAAAGUUGGAGGAAGAAAGUUUUGGACUGGGAAGAAGCCAAGACCCAAGUCUUGUUUUCGCUACCCAUGAUUCUUACUAAUGUUUUCUACUAUGCUAUCCCUCUGGUUUCUGUCAUGUUUGCCGGUCACCUUGGCCAGCUUGAGCUUGCUGGCGCCACUCUUGCCAAUUCUUGGGCUACCGUCACUGGGUUUGCUUUCAUGAUAGGGCUAAGUGGAGCACUUGAAACACUUUGUGGUCAGGGAUUUGGUGCAAAAUUAUACAGAAUGCUGGGAAUAUACCUACAAGCUUCAUGCAUCAUAUCGUUCUUCUUCUCGAUAAUCAUAUCCAUUUUCUGGUUCUAUACAGAGCCUAUACUGGUUGUAUUUCAUCAAGAUCCCAGUAUUUCAAAACAAGCAGCUCUUUAUAUGAGAUAUCUCAUUCCGGGUAUAUUUGCAUAUGGCUUUUUACAGAACAUCUUAAGGUUUCUUCAAACUCAAUCCGUUGUCAUGCCAAUGGUCUUGUUCUCAGCGCUACCAUUGGGCAUUCAUUUCGGCAUUGCAUAUCCUUUAGUUCAUUGCACAUCGCUUGGUUUCAAGGGAGCUUCCUUAGCAGCUUCAGUUUCAUUGUGGAUAUCAAUCCUUGUGCUGGUAACAUAUGUGUUUUGUGCAAAAAAAUUUAAGCACACAUGGGAAGGAUUUACUUGUGAAUCAUUUAGUUUUAUCCUCACAAACUUGAAACUAGCCUUGCCCUCUGCAACAAUGGUAUGUUUGGAGUACUGGGCCUUUGAGGUUCUUGUGUUCUUAGCUGGAUUGAUGCCUAACUCAGAACAAACCACUUCAUUGAUCGCAAUGUGUGUGAACACAGAAACCAUUGCUUAUAUGAUUACCUAUGGUCUCAGCGCCGCAGCGAGCACGAGGGUGUCAAAUGAAUUGGGAGCAGGAAAUGUCAGUCAAGCGAAGAAUGCCAUGGCUGUGACUCUUAAGCUCUCUAUCUUCCUUGCUCUUAUAGUUGUUCUUGCUUUAGCCUUUGGCCACAAUAUCUGGGCUAGCUUCUUCAGUGAUAGCUCUGAAAUCAUUAAGCAAUUUGCCUCUUUGACACCCCUUCUUGCAAUCUCGAUAAUGUUUGAUUCUGUGCAAGGUGUCUUAUCAGGUGUAGCAAGAGGAUGUGGCUGGCAACACUUGGCUGUGUGGGCAAACUUAGCAACAUUUUAUUUCAUUGGCAUGCCAAUUGCAGUACUUCUUGGAUUUAAGUUAAAACUUCAUGCUAGUGGUUUGUGGAUUGGUUUGAUCUGUGGUCUCUCUAGCCAAGCCAGCUCCCUUUUAUUGAUUUCGAUGUGUCGAAACUGGACUAAAAUGGCCAUUCUUGCAAGCAGAGAAACUGAAACCCCAAGCCUAGUAUGAAGGGUGUAUAGGUGAGGAGGGAGGUGUAAUGUCAGAUUAUUGGAGGCGACUGCCAAGUUGUAAAACUUUCGACAAUUUUGUUAAGAAACAAUAAAACUAUAUGUUCACACUUUUAAGUAUAUACGUGUACCCAUUUAUAGCA